UUUCCUCCUGACAUUUUCAUGCAAGACCCAGAAAGGACACGUCGUGUCUCUGGCCCAAAGAAAAGAUGGGUCUGCUGAGUUCUAAAAGCCCUAAAGCCAAGCAAGCCCAAAUUCUUCUUCUGGGACUUGACUCCGCGGGGAAGACUACGCUCCUUUACAAACUAAAGCUUGCUGGAGAUAUUGUGACCAUCCCAACAAUUGGUUUCAACGUGGAGACGCUUGAGUUGGGAAGGGGUCUGUCACUCACAGUCUGGGAUGUUGGAGGACAGGAGACAAUGAGGACUGCCUGGGGCUGUUACUGCGAGAACACGGAUGGGCUGCUGUACGUCGUGGACAGUACUGACCGGCAGAGACUGGAGGACUCUCAGAGAGAGUUUGAGCACAUUUUAAAGAACGAACACAUUAAAAGGGUGCCUGUCAUCCUACUGGCCAACAAGCAGGACUUGCCUGGAGCUCUGACCGCCAUGGACAUCACCAGAAAGUUCAGGGUGAAGAAGCUGUGCAGUGACCGGAGCUGGCACGUGCAGCCCUGCUGUGCCGUCACGGGGGAUGGGCUGGCCGAGGGCUUCAGGAAACUAACUGAAUCUGUGAAAAGCCACAUGAAAUCAAGAGGAGACACUUACGCGUUCUUCAAGCAGAACUGAGGCUCUGACAGGUCCAAGCCUCAAAGAGACACUCACGGAGUGAAAAGGAUAAUUUGUUUUUUUCCGGGGCGAGUGGAAAAAGCAAGUGACUGAGUCGGUAAACUUUUCCUGAGAUGUUAUUUCACCUAAAUUCAAUUAAAGAACUUAGAGUGUUAUCCAGAAAAUAGUUAUUUUUAGCCAGGAGCUUUAGCAAACUAAGUGGUAAUGAUGACUGAAAAUGAAAAAUGUAAGCGGCUCUGCAAAAUUUAACACAUUGGAUGAUUGCAAAUUCAGUGGUCAUAUUUGGGGCCAAAUAAGUUAUUGCUUUAUUAAUUCUGCACGACUGCUAAAGCAAAGUUUAAGUAGCCACCUGCUCCGAAAGGAAGAAUCCUUUCAGACUGUUUCUAGUUGUUGUAGGUAUUGAACUUCUAUCAUAUCCU